ACAGCCAAUUCAGUCGAACGACAGCCAGCAAGCCGUGCAGUCGAGCUGCACAAGGAGAGUGGAAUACACAGAGAGAGCGAGAAAGACAGAGAGAAAGAGAAAGAGAGAUACAGAUCUAUUCAGCAAUGGAGAGCAAACAGCCACCGCCAUACAGCGCAGUGCCGCCACCACAGCCUGGCUAUACGCCCGCACAGACCUAUCAGCCAUAUCCAGGCGGACCCACACAGCCACCACUGUAUCCACCCAUGCCCCAGCCGCCCCAGCAAUCCACCGUGAUCAUACAGACAACAACCACAUCCAAUUUGGUGCCCAUUGGCAGUGGACCGACACGCAUACGUUGCCCCUCCUGCCAUGCCGAGGUGGUGACAACAGUUAAGAGCACACCCUCGGGCCGAACACAUUGCUGGGCAUUGAUACUCUGCCUCUUCAUCUGCUGGCCCUGCGUCUGUUUGCCCUACUGCAUGGAUUCCUGUCAGAAUGCCAAUCACUAUUGCCCCAAUUGUAGCUCCUACAUUGGCACCUACGAGAACUAAGCCCGAAAAAAGACAGAUAAAUUCGCACACAUAUACAUAUGCCUAUAUACAUAUAUAUUUAUAUACGUGUGUAAACUACAUUAUCUUAUUAAGCCUAUAGAUCUUUACUCUCUGAAUGAAUUACUAUAUUAAUCAUACCUACAUUGUUUCCUAUACGAACGAGUAGAGCAGGUAAAUUAUUACGUAUACGCCACGUUGUUCUAUUUUAAUUUCAUUCUCAAUUGAUUUAAUGAUAUAUGUAUAUAUUUUUUUGUUAUGAGCGCUUCUCUUGUUAUUCUCAGUUUAUAAUAAAAUAAAUAAGUAAAUAAAAUGCCAUAAACGAUAA